UCAGAAAAUUUGGAAAGGAGUUUUAUCCAAUUUAUAAAAUUUUCGCAUUCCAUGUGACAACUGUUAGUAUGACAUCGCCGGAAGAUAUUGAGAAAGUUCUAUCCAGUUCAGUUAAUAUAGACAAAAGCUUUUCAUAUCAUUUGCUCCAUAACUGGUUAGGGACAGGUCUCGUAACAAGUACAGGGCAGAAAUGGCAAAAUCGAAGAAAAAUAUUAACUCCAGCCUUUCAUUUUAAUAUUUUGAAAUCGUUUUCUAAUGUUUUCAUCAGGCAAACAGAAGAAUUGGUUAAAAAAUUGGAUUUAGAAUGUUCGAAACCUUUUACCAAUGUGAGUCAACUAAUUUACGAGUGCACCAUAAAGAUUAUAGCAGAAACAGCAAUGUGCACGAAAUUUGAUAAUGACAAUCGCGAUAAUGAAGAGUACAUGAAAAACGUACACAGGAUGGGUGUAAUUUCCACGAAGAGGUUAUUGAGACCAUGGCUUUAUCCUCAGAUAUUUUACUGUUUAACUGAAAUGUACCGGAUGGAACGUAAUGCUGUAAAAGUCCUUCAUGAAAUUACCACGAGGAUGAUAAGAAAGCGACUAAAUGAAUUUCGGCUGUCUUCAAAUAUCGUAAAAGAAGAACAACCAGAAGAAACCUGUAGUGGUAAACUACGCCAACCUAUGUUGGACCUUCUUAUAAAAUUAAUGGUUGAAAAUGGGAACAUAGAUGAGCAUGGUAUUCGCGAAGAAGUUGAUACUUUUAUGUUUGGAGGUCAUGAUACAGUUGCUACAUCACUCGGCUUCUCUUUAAUGCUAUUAGCAUGUCAUCAAGAAAUACAGAACAGAGUUCGAGAGGAAGUCCUGGAAGUUUUCGGUAAUGCAAAUAAUAAAAUAACGUUUAAGGAUCUACAAGGAUUAUCGUACAUGGAAAUGUUCAUUAAGGAAUCUCUGAGAUUGUAUCCGAGUGUACCACAAAUAAGCAGAAGAUUAGAUGAACCUAUUACUACUGCUUCGGGUUUUUAUCUACCAAAAGACACAGAAGUAUACAUUCACAUUGUGGAUCUUCAUUUGAAUGAAGAAUUAUGGCCUGACCCUUACAGAUUUGAUCCUGACAGAUUUUUACCGGAAGCUACGAAGCAUCGACAUCCUUUCGCUUAUAUUCCUUUUAGUGCAGGACCAAGGAACUGCAUAGGUCAAAAAUUCGCAAUGUUGGAAAUGAAAGCCAUACUUGCAGGGGUCGUACGAAGUUUUCGGUUGACAGCUGUAGAUACUCCCGACACCCUUAUACAUGUUGCAGAUUUUGUGAGUAGAACAAAAAAUGAAAUCAAAGUUAAAUUUGAAAGACUAUAGUGGUAGGCUAAGCUACUUUCGAUAUUGUUGUUGUUACAGUUUUUACUAUAA